AUUUGGGCCCCUCGAAGAGAUUUAAUCAAUACCAGGAUGAGUAGAAGUUCAAGGCCACUAUAUACGGCACCUGGACGUCCAACCAAGCCUCCAGGCAAGGCAUUGUCAGCAACUGGUGUUACUCAUCCCACUUACGGUCGACCUGCUGUCCAUUCGGUCUCGGGUGGUUAUGCCAUGCAUGGUACAACAACAGGACAAAACAGUUAUACAAUAGAACAUCGUGCAGCAUCCAAGCCAACUUUGGAAUAUAAAUGGGACUCUUCAAUGAUAACAUUAGCAAAAGAGAUUCCGGAUUUCGACAGGUGGAUGAAGACAAAAGGGGGCUUCAAAGAUGCUGUGUUAUCAGUAAAUGAUAAACUUUUUGAGCUCAAACAAACUGCUCGUGGACAGCACACAGAUUACGGUCAAAGUAGAGAAUGGCAGACAAAGGAGGAGAAAUAUCAUAAAGAGAUUACGCAGCUGACUGAACAGGUACAAAUGUUACAAAGUCAGUCUCGGGCCUCUUAUAAUGACAAGGGACAUGUUGGCUCUAGUAAAUAUGAGAAAGAGUUGGACAGGUUGAGGCAAGAAAACGAGAAAAUCAAGUCACAGCUACAAUCAGCAAAAACAGAAAAGGACCAACUUCUAUAUAGGUUGAGUAAGCUGGCAGGGGCCAAGUUAUCGGACAACAACCCUGAAAUUACAGAUCUCAGCGAUCCCAACCGUCCACAGAAGCUGUCUCAGAUAUACAAUGAACUGUACGACAACGCAUGGAUGGAAGCCAUUGAUUCGAUGCCUAAGACGAAUGACAAAGGAAACAUUCACGUUCUCCUGAGCAUAUUUGUGGAAAUCUGGAAGUUUUGUGAGAAUCUAGGAAAACAUCAGCUGACAGCAAUGGAGAAUAUAAUGCUACAACCAUGGCAGACCUCGCAUACGCAUCCGUUAGGAUCCAGUGAGAAUCGGUACCACAUAGAGUUAAUGAAAAGCAUUAAAGAUGCUCGUAAGAUAGCUGCCAUAGAGACAAGGAAGAGGCUGUUUAAGCAAUUCCUUCAAGAAAAUCCCCAGUACGGAACUCAUAAUGAGAAAGUAAGGCAAUAUGCCGAGGCAUGUAUAAACCUGUGUUGGCUCUGUGCCAUUCAAGACCCACCUAUCGAAUUUAUAUACAAUGUCAAGGAGGGGGAGAAGAUAGACUCUGGAUACUUCAAGCCGUAUGAACGAUCAGGAAAAACUGUCGAAUAUCUAGUGUGGCCAGCAAUGUUGCUGCAUAAAAGCGGGCCAGUUCUAACUUACGGUGUAGUACAAGUGGUCAAGGGAAAAAAAUGAGUAUUUCCCCAUAAACAUGUGUACACGUCUUCACGGACCACAUCAAAUCCCUUUCACAGACUGUAUUGAUAUGGCAUCCAGGACAUCUUCAGGGUUCAUGUUUGUUGAUUUUUAUCCAAACAACAUUUUAAUACUUAAUUCAUUUAAACAUUUAACGUUAAUAUUUGAUGGGCUUGUCUUAUGCAGACAGUACUAAUCUUUGAUACGCCUGUACGCUAAAACCACAUUAAUGCGUUCAAAUGCAUGUAUGUAUAGUUUAUUAUCAUGCAUAGACGAUAUUUGUCAACAAACUCGUUAACAAAUAAUUAACUCGAAGCAUUCAUAAAAGGAGCAUGUUUUAAAAUGUGCAUUUCAAAGCCAAGUAACACAAAGUUUUACAUUGUUCUCUAACAAUGACAUUUUAAACCAGCUGAUAAAACGUUGUAACGUUGUUUUUUGUCUGAUUUCGGAUGCAUUUGUACGAUCAAAUCGUGGUCGUAUUUUAUUAUUUUAUAUUUUUAUUUUAGAUAUAUUUUAUUAUUGCUUUUAAGUAUUUGUACGUUCAAAUUGUUAAAAUUCAUAAAGGAAAGAAACGCUUGUCGACAGUAUAUAUAUGCAUCAUGCAACAAUAGCAAAGUGGUUCUGAUAUUUUUAUAUAUUUUUGGGGUAUUACCUAACCGCGAUAUUUUUAGCUUUCCCUUCGAAAACAACCCUUUCCGUCGCUCAUGUAUAGAUAUUUGUCGAGUAGAAUCGAUACUAAUCCAGUUUCUGCAGAAACAUUGAGGUUUUCAAACGGCUCAUUUUUCUAUUUAUAUAUAUAUGUGUGUAUUGCAAGAUAAUGAGAUAAAACCCAAACCAACUCGACAAAGACGAUGCUGCUGAUGAUGAUGACUAAACGAAGUCUUUAUUUUAUCGGCACGGAUUGAUUGUAGAUUAUAGGACCAUGAGAGGCACGGUUUGGUUGUAUUCUUAGGAAGCAUACUGACGAGAGCCCCACAUGUAUUGGCAUGGUUUCGUUGUAUUCUUAGGAAGGAUACUGAAGAGAGCCCAACUUUUAUUGGGAUGGUUUGGUUGUAUUCUUAGGAAGGAUACUGAAGAGAGCACCACAUUUAUUGGCAUCGUUUCGUUGUAUUUUUAGGAAGGAUACUGAAGAGAGCCCAACUUUUAUUGGGAUGGUUUGGUUGUAUUCUUAGGAAGGAUACUGAAGAGAGCUCCACAUUUAUUGUCAUGGUUUGGUUGUAGUCUAAGGAAGGAUCCUGAAGAGAGCCCGACCUUUAUUGGCAUGGUUUGGUUGUAUUCCUAGGAAGGAUACCGAAGAGAGUCCCACUUUUAUUGGCAUGGUUUGUUUGUAUUCCUAGGAAGGAUACUGAAGAGAGUUCCACUUUUAAUGGCAUGGUUUGGUUGUAUUCUUAGGAAGGAUACUGAAGAAAGCUCCACUUUUAAUGGCAUGGUUUGGUUGUAUUCUUAGGAAGGAUACUAACGAGAGUCCCACUUUUAUUGGCAUGGUUUGGUUGUAGUCUAAGGAAGGAUACUGAAGAGAGCCCCACCUUUAUUGGCAUGGUUUGGUUGUAUUCCUAGGAAGGAUACUGAAGAGAGUUCCACUUUUAAUGGCAUGGUUUGGUUGUAUUCUUAGGAAGGAUACUAACGAGAGUCCCACUUUUAUUGGCAUGGUUUCGUUGUUUUUUAAGGAAGGAUACAGAAAAGAGACCAACAUUUAUUGACAUGGUUUGGGGGUAUUUUUAGGAAGGAUACAGAAGAGAGCCCCACUUUUAUUGGCAUGGUUUAGUUGUAUUAUAUGAUAUGCCGAGGGAACAUUUCUUUUAUUGCUGCUUACU